AUGGCCAGCGCUGCUGCUGCCGAGGACCAGAAAGAAGAAGCAGCAGCAGAAGAGAAGGCAGAGCCUGCUGCCAUGGAGCUUGAAGAUGAGAAUUUCCAAGCUCAACCCAAGCCAAAAGGCAAAGCUAAACCAAAGAAGAAGGCUGCUGCAAAGGCGAAUGCCAAGACUCGUCAUGGGCCUACCACAAGCUGCAUAUGCCCGAUGUGCCCUUUUCCGAAAUAUCCGGGCAGCCGGUUCUGUUCAGUGGGGGACCACAAGAAGGCUUAUGACAAUAUGAUGUACCAGAGAAGAAGCAGGAAAGAUAUUUCGGAAGAGGCAAAGAAGGCUUAUGACGAGAGCAUGCGCGAUGACGGUCAGGCUGGUCGCGCUGUUUUGGCCUUUGCCAGGGACAACCCUCCUGAGAUGCGCAAGAAGGGACUUGUGGACUUCGCCAGGUUUGAGCGUGUUCGUGGGCAAAGGAUCGCUAGCAGAACUUCUGCUGGAGACGUGCCUAUGACAGAGAAAGCCUUUUACAAGCACGUUGAAAAUGUCCUUGGUUUGGAUGAGAAGGAGGCGUCAGAGCUUUGGGAAGAAUACCAGCAGGAUCGCUCUGUUGAGCGAGACAACAACGGCUUUCGAGGGGCAGAGCGUUUGUGGAUCCCAGCGCAUGAGCUCAAGUCCAAAGACAGGGAGCACUACAGUGACAGUCGGGCAGUGGAGGGCUCCGACAACAUCAGGGAGUCCCCGCUGGGAAGCCCACGUGAUUCCGAGGAGGCGCGGCAGAAGCCGAUCAAUUUGAGUCGCGAAGGACCUGUGCUCCACCGACAAGUUGACAGUCAGGUCCAGCGGUUGAAGGCUGAUCUCAAGAAAGCUUUGACAGUGGCAGCAGUUUCCAGGGAUGCCUACCGUGAACAUCCAAACCACCUAAAGUCGGGACGGCGCUUGUUGGGUGACAUGUCCGAGCUCUUCUUGCUUGUGCCUGAUGCAUCGUGUGACGGUGCCUUGUCGAAGGAGCAGGAUGGUCAUGAGGACAAGACUGACGCAGGAGUUUCCACAGCUCCCGUGUUGACGGGAAUCCCUGUUCCUAACACCGAUAUUGAAGCGAGGAAGGCAGUUUCUUUUGAGCAGUUCUUGGAAGAGCCCAGAACCAAGACGCACAAGUUCUGGGAAGGCGAUUUGGGGGUCAUUUUCUGCUUGGACGAUAGUGUGCAGUUGAAAGAAGAGAUCUUGGAUUGCAAAGAGCCGGCUCCUUUCCUCCGGCUGAAAGACAAAUGGCAGAAGUGUGAGAAGGCUUGCGCUCAGGUUGUGAAGGGCAUCAAGCAAUCGGCAGAUGAUUUGGCAAAGCGCCUUAAGGUGAAGGUGUCAGAGGAGAAGCGGGAGCAGAAAAGGAAACAAGAGCAAGAGGCAAAGGACCAGUUGCAGAAAGUGCGCGCAGAGGCAAAGGCUGCAGCGGAUGCAAUCAAGAAAAGAAGACUCAGCCAGGAUUCCCAAUGUCCGCCGCUUUUCACAACCUCUUUGGAUGCAACCAAAGCAAAAGAGGUGCAGGAAAUCAAGGAUCCUGCAGCAGUCAUGGCUGAGUGGGGCGCUGACUUUCCUUGGUUCAAGACAGGGGGCGAGGAGGUUGAGUUGAACAUGGGCAGCAACCCGAUGUCCAAGACCCUUGCGAAUUGGGGUGGGCAAUACAAGCGCAGCUUGGCCAACCUCAAGCUUGACGUUGUGACGUUCCCGCUGGAGGAGAAGACCGGUUCCACACAAGUGAACACCUUGUUCGAGAGCGUGCUUCCCUCCACCUUCAGGCCGGAUAUCUCAUCUGUUGCAGGUGGACAAAGCUUCAUGGACGCAGCUUGGCUUUUUGGAUGCAGCGCAGACUUGAAAAGCGUGGGCUUCAACCCCAACGGAGCAGGCUUGCAGAAGGUGCUUGCUGUGGGAGAGGUUCAGCAUAUCUUGCUGGAGUGGGCGGGUGUGAAGAAAUUCUUGGAGAAGAUUGAAAAGGACAAGUCAGGUGAGCGCAAGUCUUCACGGGAAGAUCUGUUGGGCCAGCUCAAGUGCCUCACAGAAGAACAAGUGAAACAACUUUGUGAGGACACUGUGGUGCGGCAGCACACCUUGAAGGCCAAAGAGAUCCUGUUCAUCCCGAUGGGCUGGGUCGCUGUGGAGAUCGCUGGCAACCACCCCUUUUUGUACGGCUUCCGCAAGAGCGUCUUCACGACAGGCGCUACUGGGGUCGCUGCUUAUGAGGACGCCUUGGAAGCAGCCAAGGCAAGUGGAAAGGCAGUGGAUCGCAUGAGCAAGAUCUUGGAAACGCUCAAGGUCAAGAAGUGA